CCGGUGAACAUAACAGUACGAAUGUUCGACAUGCUUUUGUGAAUGCUCCGAAGAGAAGCCAGAGUCCAAGGCGAUACGAACUUUUAGUUUGAGGCCACAACUCGCUGAUAUUGAGAACAAUAUGGUAGUGACCGGUGUAAAGUUUGAGCUAAAGGAUAUUAUGAUCCACGUACAAAUCGAGGAAGGAAAAUUGCUCCCGGCUGGUCAGAUCGAGACGAGCUCAGUUCAUUUGAAGGAAUUGGAAGACUUUAAAUAUUUGGAAGAAGGCAACGAAGGAAGAUUCGUUAAAAUGAAUGGGGAUGAUCAAGAAAACUUGGAACACGGCACCGAUUAUCAAUUUAUUCAUUUCGAUCAGCGCGACGUGAACCUGGACAAUGUCAACUCACCGCCAGGUUACGUUGUCACCGGAUUGAAGAUGUCUCAAGACCCAAAAACUAGCCAGGCUAUACAAUUGGACCUCUACAUUACACCUUUUAAUUUUUUAACAGGCUUGCUCGUUCCAACUGAUGACAAACCCUCCAAAUGGCUCACUCACAAGGACAUGCAUGGUCAUGAUCGCCCUUUUACUGAACGAAAGAAGCUCGACUUUCGCUACUCAAAAAGAGGUGACGAUUAUACCGACAAUAUUCCAGAUUCUAAAGACUUUGAGGACAUAUGGUUCGGAGUCAGUAACCAAUAUUCAGACGUCUCGCAAUCGACUGUGACAUUUAUGGACCGACGAUUCGUUGCAGCGUCCCCUCGAGUUCCAUUUGACGGAAUUUCUUUAUUCCAUCGUGGAAGAGAAGAAUCGGGUGGGUUUCUUGCGUUCAAACUGCGGACAAUUGGCCUUCACGAUUAUAUAAAUCCUUAUAUGAAGCCGGAAAAUGCGCUACUGUAUCAAAAGAGUUUUCAAAAGACACCAGAAAUCAAGAUGUCUGAUGCCCAGAAGUAGGUUUCAGCAGCAAUAAUUUUGUAGCUUAUGUUAAUUAUAGAAUUAACAUUCCUUUAAAUGUUUUACUGUACUGAAGUUAUUGAAAAUAAAGUAUACAGUCAAAGU